GCUUAAGGGUGAUUGAAAACAUCUGACCGAGCGCCACCACCCUCUCCUCCAGGCAGCUCGCGUGGGGACAGCCGAACAUCACCGGGAACUGUCGAAACGGUAGACGAAACUACCUCAUUGUGUGUACUUCCUGGUCCAGUUACGAUCCUGUCUGUGCUCCUAUGAGAAGAAGCAUCGCUCUGCCUCCCGGCUCUUUCUCUGUUCAACAGCGGAUGGAAGCGCAGGAACGACGCAUGUAGCUUUACAGGUGAAAAUAUUGAUGUUUUAGACAUCUGCAGCUGCCCCUAUAUCCCGCGUGGGUCGAUUUUGGACGUGCAAUCCACAAAUAUCCAGCUUGGAGGGAACUGUCUGAACGGCUGCGCAACUGGCAGCAGCGUUUGUCUGAUGUGUGAUCAAGGAUUGGGAAGUAAACACGCCGGCCUGCGCUCAUGAACAGAGGCGCGGUGAGAUUGAUGCCUCAGCCUCCGUUUGUCCUUGAUUGCAAGUUGAUUUUACUUUGGAGCAAAGAGACUCUUGGCUCCGAUGGCGUCAGCUGCAAAGGUGUCUAUUCUGGAUUACUUUAAUAUUGUGUUUGAAGGUGAAAAUGGUAAAAUCGAGUCCAACUGCAAGGCUUGUGGCACCAGGAUCCAGGCGAAGCGGAGUGUCACGUCCAACUUUGUAACGCAUCUUAAGGUAAUCAUUUCAAAAUGAAACUCUGUGUGGCUUAUCCAGCAUAUAUUAAAAUCUGCUGCAACUAUUAACCCUGCAGUAUCUAUACUGUCACUCAAAACCUGCCUAUGCUGACAGUCUGUUGCGUAUUUUCAAGAGAAGUACUACAAUCAGCUCACUGUUCUAUCUUCUUAUGAAAUCAAAACUAGUGUUUGAACUAUUUCUCUGUCAGACAGUAACACUGUUUUUUUUUCUCCACACUCUGUCUCUCCAUAUUCAGCGGAAACACCAAGCUAUGUAUGAUGACUUUGUGAAAAGGAAGGAUAUGAAAAGAGAGGGUUACUCCUCUGCUUCCCUGCAUACUUUCCCCAGCAAUGGAGGGAAUACCCGCUACGCCAUCCCCAUCAGCGCUGGAGGGGGAGGAGGUGGAGGAGGAGGAGGAAUGGUAACCACUGAGGGAGGAGUAGGAGGAGGCUCUGGGGGAGGAGGGGUGACCAAGUUCGACAGACAUGACCCACGCCAGGUGUGUAUUUAAGUACACCAUUGCUUGGGAUGCCACGAACCAAGCGGUGAUUUGUCCAAUCCUGCAAGUGCCACUUUAUCCAAUGCAAUCAUUUGCUGUGACAAAGGUAACUCCCUGUUUUUAUUGCCUCCAUAGGUUCUGAUCUCUGAGGCUAUUGCUAAGAUGAUUGUGCGAGAUCUGCAGCCAGUGUCCAUAGUGGAAAAUCAAGGUUUUAGAGAGCUGCUUCAGCUCCUGGAGCCACGUUACACACCUGAGGCCCAGCAUUAUAUUCAAAGUCAGCUCCUCCCAGCUUAUGCCUAUCAGGCCCAGCUGGCAACUCGUCAGGCUCUGGCUUCAGCUCACGCUCUCAGUCUCAGCCUGGAUCUGUGGAGAGGCUUCACUGGAGCAUCCGCAGGGUAAGGAGGUAAAACCAGCCAUAAACAGGAUAAUAUCUUCAUUUUUUAUUCUCUCAAUAAUGAGUCCUCUCUCUCUCUGUCUGUCCCUCUCUCUCUAUAGAUACCUCGGUGUCACUUGCCAUUUUCUCACAUCUGAUUGGCAGAUGCGUUCGGCUCUCCUGGCCUGUCUCCCCUUGACUGGAGGCUGCUCUGAGAACCGUGUCCUAUCAGACUUUGAUGAGGUGUGUCACUCUCAUGGAGUGUCAGGCAGAGCAUUUCGUAUCGUAGCAGACCCUUUCUCGAUAACAGCAAAAGCAAAGCCGUGUUGUCUUCCCGGCUUCCUGGUCUCACCGUCUCAUUCUAAUGAGCUGCAGGAGGACAAUACAGAAAGGCUGGACGAUGGUAACAAUCCAGAGGAAGGGAUGAGGAAUGGCCAUGGUGACUGUGGGGGAAAAAGAGAGUGGGUGGACUCAUGGGAAAAAGGGCUGGGUGGUUGUCGGGUAGACUGUUUCUCUCGCUGUCUUGAACAGUCCAUCAGAGAGGGGUUACACUCCUGUCCACAGCUGUCCUCCACACUGGCCAAGGCUGCCUGUUUUUACACCUACAUUACCUCUGCUGUCCCACCUGAGAAGCUUAGCCAGGUGUUUGACUGUCCUGGAUUAACCAUGGGUGGAUCAGGAAAUGCCCCUCCUGCAGCAAGAGACUGGGCAGCUCAGCUCAAGGUAAGUCAUAUUACUUUGUCAUAUGUAAUGCUCCAGUUAUUUGGCCUUUUAAAGCAUUAUAGACACAUUUUUAUUUUUCAUUAAAUACUGUUCUAACUGUGCACACAUGUCAGGACAUUCAAUUCAUUUAAUAGUAUAAAUAGUACAUUAAUAUAUCAAGAAGUUUAAGGCUGUUACACCUUCAUAUGUCAGAGUUGAAAAACAUAAUCUCCUCAGAAAGGCAAAAGUGACAUUGACCACACGUUACAAGAAUAGCUUAAAAGGGAUAUUCUGGCGUAAAAUUAAUUUGGGGUCAAACACACCGUAACACAGAGUUAGACACCCCGAGAGAGAUUAAUGUUGCCGACCGCUUGCUUCUCUAGUUUUACCAACUUUAGUAAUGACCGUAGGAUAGCAAUACACAGCGGUCUGAGGAACCAUAAACAAACCUCAACCAAAACGCCACUCUAUAGCCACAAAUAAUGCUCAGAACAGCACCUAACUUCAUCAACAGUACAUAUAGGGUCCCAGCCAUGGCACUAACCACCAAACAUUUUCUUAACUUUGCCUGAUUUCUUUAGCAAAGAGACUAAACACAACUCAGCUACUCUCUUCCGGCCGCCGCUUGUUUGUAGCGAGACCUCGGGCCAGUCUCUCUCGGGGGUGUCUAACUCUGUGUUAUGGUGUGUUUGACCCUAAAUUAAUUUUACGCUGGAUUAUCCCUUUAAGGGCACAGCCAUAAUCAAUUAAAACUGGGUAAACAGUAUGGUGAUGAAGACCACAGAGCACUUUGGAGUUUUUCUUAUGAAUUUCUUUCUGUCGUGACGUUUGGUUGUAAAAGUUACUUUGACAAAAACUCAAGAUUCAAACAUGUUAGCUUGCACCUACGUUGCUGUGUAUUAUAUGAAAGGUAGACAUAAAUGAGAGAUUUGUCCUGGUUUAAAAUUGUCUUUUUAUUUUUGAUGUAGGUUCUCCGACGGCUGCUGGACUCGGUAGAGUUUUUGGAAGAGGUGAGCGGUCCUGGGGAACUGGCUCUGGAUGGUUCAGAGAGAGCCCUGCUGAGAGAGCUCACUGACACUCUGGAGCCCUUCACUGAGGCCUGGGACAUGGUCCAUGGUGAAAGACAGGCAGAUAUGCAGACAGACAGACACGUGUCCAUCAGUCUUGCUUUGCCCUGUGUUCUGGGCCUAAGGAAGCAUCUCUCCGAGACAUCAACCCCUCACUGCCGCGCUCUCUUGGCUGGCCUCAGUCAAGCUGUGGAAAGUCAACUGGCCCCUAUCUUGGAUGACCCCCUCUACAUCACUGCCACCACCCUAGACCCCCAGUUUAAGCUCUCCUGGAGCAGCACCCCUGAUUGGCACAGACAAGUUCUUAUAGAGGAGUUAUCUAAACUUUCAACAGCCGCCAACUCAGUAGACCCAAACACAGACCUACAUUCUCAGUCCCAGACCCCGCCUGACCUGGCUCCAUCACCAGUCUCUCCCCUCUCACGGCCGUGCAAGCUGUUCUCGUUCAUCAAGCAGAGACCCACCACACAGGCAAAGAGCUUGGAGCAGGAGCUGGCCGUGUACCUGCGUGAGGAGCCCACAGACGAGGAGGCUUUGCAUUACUGGCGACGUAAAGCCAUUGACUUUCCUCUGCUUGCACAAGUGGCCAAGCAGACGUUCACCAUACCUGCUUGUGGAACUGUAGUGGAGAGUAUUUUUUCCACUGCUGAGCGCUGUCUGCGGCCAGAGAGAGGCCGUGUUUUACCAAAGAACCUGGAGACACUCAUCUACCUCAAAGCUAACUACAGAUUAUUAUGGACUCAUAGCUAAAUGUCAAGCUUUGUUUUAACUAGAAAGCAACUGGGACUAAAUACAUGCAGUGAAGUUAUGGUUUAGAUUCUAACCUCUAAGCUAGCAACAUAAUCUAAUCCUCAUAUUACUAGUUAUUUGACAUUAAAUUGCGCAGUUUCUAGUUCCAUUCUUAUGAAUCAUUUUGCCGUCUGUGGUUGGUGUGGACUGUUGCUUUGUACUAUGUAGCAUGCGUACACCACAUGCGGUGGACCAGGGGAAGUAGGAGUGGAUCAAUGCUUAGGCAUUUACUUUAAUAUUAUUUGGCUUGACCAGGAUCUCCAGCUAACCUCAAGACCACAGAGCUCUGUUUCUAUGCUCCCCGCCCCCAAAGACAGCCUGUGUGUUUAACAGCUAAGACUGACUCACCAACAACAAAAACCAAAUGGUCAGUUAUUGCCUUCUGUUGCAGAUGAUCCAUUUCAGAGGGCUUGUUCAUUUGACGCUUUUGUUUUGAAGGAAAGUAUCAGCUGCUAAACAAUAUGUCUGUGCAUCACCACUUAUCCUUUUUUAUGCCUCAUCACUGGAGAAUCAAAAUAAAUGAGUUUCACUCCCAAAAGUAGAGAUGUUUGCAGAUGUCCAUGCACCCAUGCAUGAGGUGUUAACGUUGCACACUUUUUUAAACCAAUGAAGGACUGUUAGCUUCCUCAUGUAUCCUCCUUAUGUCAUCUGAACCUUUGGUCAUUUCUAUUUUCCUCUGUCAGUCCUUUAUAACACUCUUAUGGGGUGGAGGUCAAUCAUGUUUCCGUGUGCUGUAACAGCAUUUUUCUCUGUUUUAAUUUUGUGUCCACUUCUAUCUCUCAGCUUUUAGCGUUUCAAAUGGUUUUGACCCCGCCUCUUCUCCAAGAAACUAUCAGAGGAUGUGUGUGUUUGGCACAAGAAGUAAUUUUUAAUAAUUGAAGUAUUGAAGCCACUUUUUAGGGCAUCGCUUUGAUGAAAGAACUGUGAAUGUUGCAGUGUGGGUUUGCCUUUAUUCAAGUACUCUGUUACUGUGCGCUGGGCCAGUGGGGAGCGAGGGUAAUUCUAUGUUAUUCCAUUAUGGUUUAAUUUGAGUCAGCAGGAAGGCAGCAGUCACAUCCACACAGUCCUUUCUCUCUCUCUCUCUCUCUCUCUCUCUCUCUCUCUCUCUCUCUCUCACUCCUUUCUUUCUUUCUUUCUUUCUUUCUUUCUUUCUUCACACCACAAAUUUGCACACUCCUUCCAUUCUCAUCUUUUGUAAUGCUACAUCAGAAUGCACAAACUGCCUCCAAGUAUUCAUUAAUGUUUAGAAAAACUUGAAUCUGUUUGAAGAUGGCUGUCUAUCUGUCUGUUAGGAUUUUUUAAAUCCAAUAAUAAGUGUCACAGUGUGUACGCCUCUUUUCGAACUAUGAAACAGCUUCAUGUGAGCGUUGCUGUUUUGUUGUUGAAAAUCACUUCAGAGGAAGUGUUGCAGUCUAAGUGGGAUGCAAUGAGAUUUCCCUCAUAGAUCAUGAUUAUCAGAGAUUGCUGUGAUCUUAAUGAUUAUCACCCCAGGAUGUCUCUUUGGACUUGGAUGUUUUGCUUGUUAUCUGUGUGGCUGUGUCAGUGUUCUUAUCUUUGAAAGAGUGUGGGUCUUUUUUUUCUUUUUUUUGCCCAUCCCCAUGGGGUGUGUUGUUGUUUGCCAGUGUAUGUAGAGCAGCUUGGAGCCUCCCUCCCCUCCCCUCCUCCCCUCCCUCCCCCUCCGGCUGUGACAGCUCAUCCAUAUGAGUUAGAUGAGCAGGCUGGGCUGCAGUCCUGUUGGUAAUUGCUUCUGAAAUGAAUUACUUGGCAGAGAGCGAGGCUGAGGGAGGGAAGGAAAUUGUAAUUGAACUGCCCCUUCUCUCUCCCUGUCUCUCCCUUAUGCCUCAAGUUAUUACAUCUGCAGUGCAGAAAGCCAUUUUCUGUCUGCACAUAGACACACAUACACAAAACCAAUUUUUUCCCUCCCCCAUGCCGCGGCCUCUGCAGAGACCCAUAUUGAUGCAGGGUGAUUUCAUAGAUUGAUUGUUCACAGGCACUUGCACACUGGACCACACUUCCACUCUUAUUUAUAACAUAGAGACAAAUACUAGGAAUAAUCUCUUACUCAUUGUAUUUGUUAGUGUUUGUUUUUGUUUGUGCUGCACUGCUUUCAGUCUGCCCCUAUUCUGGGUGCCCUUUAGUUGGCCUUGGUGCAUUACUAAGGUCUAAUGGGGUACAGUCACUGCAGCUGGCACAAACAAAAGUUGUGUUGAGCAGAAAGAGAGCCCUAGUUACCCCGUACACACAGCUACAGCCAAGCACUGAUAUUAAUAACUUGCCUGUUGCUGGCCCGUUGACAGUUAAAUCCUGAUGGAUUAAAGGGAUGCCUCUCAGUGCGUUUGAGGUUGAACUUUUAUACAGAGAAUCUGCUAGUUUCCUUCCUUUAUUUAGUAACUCCAUUAAGAAUGUCAAAGAUACAAGCCUAGCUUUGGCCCAGCUUUGUCACCUACUCUUGUCCUGUCCUUUGGCCUUUUUGCAGCCGGGGCAUGGACGUAAAGGGGGGAGUGACUCAAAUGAGCCCCAGCCAGACAUGCUCAUGUUGUGACUCCAGC